CCAUACUUACAGAUAUUUUUGAGCUUAUAAUAUAUAUAAGUGCUCUGCCAAAAGUUUGAAGUAAUUAUUUAUCCUUUGAGUUUUUGAACCAUGGAAGCUCCAUCAGAGGCACAAUUGCCAAGAAGAACCGGAGGCUGGAUCACCUUCCCCUUUAUCAUAGCGAGCUCAGUGGGGUUGACCUUAGCAUUUGGAGGUUGGACAAACAAUCUUAUUGUGUAUCUGAUUAAGGAAUUUGAUGUGGAGAGUAUUGAUGCUGCUCAAAUAUCAAAUUUGGUUAAUGGUGCUGGAAGCUUAAUUCCUGUUGUUGCUGCAAUUAUUGCCGACUCUUUUCUUGGUUGCUUCUCUACCAUUUGGAUCUCAUCCAUCAUCUCAUUAUUGGGCACUAUCCUUUUAGCUUUAACAGCUACAGUUGAUUCUUUAAGGCCUAAACCGUGUGAAGUUGGUUCAACCUCAUGUUCCCCUAAACCAAAAGUUCAAUAUGUAGUUCUCUAUGCAGCAAUAGCUCUGACUACUCUGGGUAGUGGAGGUACCCGAUCAACCCUUUCGACGAUCGGAGCCGAUCAGCUAGCUGAUAAACCAAGGGAUCAAGGGAUUUUCUUCAAUUGGUUCUUCUUCUUUUGGUAUUCUGCUUCUGUAGUAUCGUCCACAGCUAUUGUGUAUGUUGAAGAUAACGUGAGUUGGAAAGCUGGAUUUUUCAUUUGUGCAGCGUCCAAUAUUGUUGCUUUACUCAUUUUCCUAAUGGGAAGUAGAUUUUACACUAAAUUUAAGCCAGAAGGGAGUCCAUUCACCAGUUUGGCUCGUGUUGUUGUUGCUAGUAUUACCAAAAGACAAGUUCCACUCCCAUCGACUGCUCAGGAUUUCUUCCAGGGAUGUAACGUAGCACCCAAAUCACUAGCUGUUGUACCUUCCAACACCCUCAGGUUUUUGAAUCGUGCUGCUAUUAUAAGUGAAGGUGACGUAAAACCAGAUGGUUCAACAACUAAUCGAUGGAGACUUUGUUCAGUACAACAAGUAGAAGAUUUCAAAACCUUAAUUAAAAUCUUACCACUUUGGUCAACUAGUUUUUUUCUUGGCACCACAAUUGGCGUACAAUUAAGUUUUUCGGUCCUUCAAGCCUUAGCUAUGGACCGCCACGUAGGACCCAAUUUCCAAAUCCCAGCUGGAUCCAUACAAGUUUUUGUUCUCAUAUCUACUGCUCUAUUCCUCGCCCUGUUUGAUAAAUUUCUUUUACCUAUGUGGAAGAAUUUGAGAGGCAAAUCACUAACACCUCUCCAGAGAAUUGGGAUUGGACACGUGCUCAAUUUUUUGAGCAUGGGUGUAUCAGCCUUAGUCGAGUCAAAGAGACUAAAUGUAGCAAAAUCAAAUGAAGGUUCCAAUAUUGUGCCCAUGUCAGUGUUAUGGCUUGUGCCACAAUUAGUCAUCGUUGGUAUUGCGGAGGCAUUUCAUUAUCCUGGACAAGUAUCAUUGUACUACCAAGAGUUCCCGAUAACCUUAAAGAACAUGGCGACCGCGAUGAUUUCCGUGCUUGUUGGUAUAGCAUUUUACUUCGCUACUGCUCUAAUUGAUGUUGUUAGAAAGACAAGUAAAUGGUUACCAGGUAACAUAAAUGAUGGAAGGCUGGAUAAUGUGUACUGGAUAUUGGUUGUAGGGGGAGUAGUGAACUUUGGUUACUAUGUAACAUGUGCUUGGUAUUACAAGUAUCAAAACCUUAACGAAGUGGAUCAUAAUGAGACUCCUUCUGAUGAGUGA